CAACUCUUCCCGACAACGCCAACCUGCACGUCGCAUCGUCGCAUAGACGGUACAGCACAGCAUGGGGCGUAAUCCACAGCCCAGGCGCAACGAGCGUUCGGGCAACAACCAACCGCGCAGGAUACCAAACCGCGGAGGUCCUCCUGGGCGACGACCACUGUCUCCUCCGCGAGGACCGCGCAACAACAGUCGAAACGGACAAGAUAGUUGGCGACCGAAUAACGAUGGGCCAAGAUACAGUGAUGGUGGCCGACCACCUCGCGGCAAUGAUCGAUACGUGCCACCGCAAGGCGACUUUACAUUCAGAAUGGACAAGCCCGCAGGCAUGGGAGAAUCGGGCCCGGGCUUCCGAUCGGAUAGAAGAGGACCUCGAAGAAGCGGUCCCGACAGGAAAAGGCAAGAUCGUAGAUCGGACCGUCCUAGGUGGCGGCCUCCUCCUCAUUUGUCGGAGAGACAGCUUCUGUCGGCCGACUUGGUCAAUGUUCCCGAAGAGCGACUUCUUAGCGGAGAUGCGAAGAAUAAGUUUCGCAAUCUCGAUGAGAUGUCUGAUGACGAGGAACUAGGAAUGGAUAUAUCGCCGCGUACGUCUGACGAUGAGCAGGAAGGCGAUGAACCUGCAGCAAAGCGUGUAAAGGCGGACGAGGCGGACGAGGCAAAGGAGCACGCACCUAAGUGGUCGAACCCGGACCCGUACACGGCGCUGCCAUGUCCUGAAGAGACCACUGGCAAGAAGCGCGAUGUCGUAAAGCUUAUCCGCAAGGCACGAGUAGAAGAGUCCUCGGAUAGCAAAGCCGCACCCGGAACCGCUGAGGACUUUAUCUCUUUCGAUACCACCGAGGACGAGGACGACCAGGAUGAUGAUGAUGACGAUUCCGACGAGACGAGUGACGAGGAAGACAGCGAAGAAGAAUAUGAACCCGCUCCCGCCGUUGCUCCUCAAUCUCAACCCCCGUUACCGCCUGGUCCUCCACCAGCCAUACCGCCGCCUCCGCGCGAGCCUCCUCCUCCACCAACCGGACCGGCAGCAGACCGGUCGGGCCCUCUGGGUUCGCGAAAACGCACAAUAGAUGAUGAGAUUAAGCCUCCAGACUAUGGGCAGUUCAAGCAAGCAACUACUAGAGCGCCCAAGGGUGGUAUCCUCGGUGCGUGGCUUUCAAAAGCAGGCGAGGACCCUUGCCCGUGGAGCGUCAACCACGAUGACACCAAGGACAUGGCGUUUAGACUACACAAGGAAGUCAUUGACUUUUACGAGUAUGUGCGGCCGCGUGCUUUUGAGCAGCGUAUCCGCGACAAUCUAGUGGACAAUCUGAAAAAGGCCAUGAGGCGAGACGCGAGGAACUUUGGUAGUGCCCAGAUCUUCCCGUUCGGAUCCUUCAUGUCGGGCCUGUAUCUGCCCACAGCAGACAUGGACAUGGUGGUAUGCUCCGCGAGCUUUAUGAGAGGCGGGCCGCCCACGUACCUCUCCGCGAAGAGCUGGCUGUAUAAGUUCCAAAAGUUCCUCGUCUCGCAGCAGAUUGCAGACCACGAGUCCAUCACCGUCAUUGCGCACGCGCGUAUCCCGCUCGUCAAGUUUGUCGACAAGCUCACGGGUCUCAAGGUGGAUGUAUCCUUUGAGAAUAUGGGCGGUGUCGACGCCAUUGAUACGUUCCUCAACUGGAAGCAGCUGUAUCCUUCCAUGCCUAUCCUGGUGACUGUGAUUAAGCACUUCUUGCUGAUGCGCGGUCUGAAUGAGCCUGUGAAUGGCGGCCUUGGCGGCUUUUCUGUUAUUUGCCUCGUUGUCAGCAUGCUGCAGCUCAUGCCGCAGGUGCAAAGCCGGAGUAUGAUUCCCGAGCAUCACCUCGGUGAGAUGCUGCUUGAGUUCCUCGAGCUCUAUGGGCGACAUUUCCGCUUUGAAGUAAACGCUAUUAGUCUUACGAGCCCACCAGGCUAUAUUCGCAAGACAGAGGUCAGCUCAUUUGGGUACAAGAACAAGGAUAGAAUGUCCAUCAUUGAUCCCAACAACUCAUCCAACGACAUCUCUGGCGGCUCCUCUAACACCACCGCCAUUCUCAGCCGUUUCCAAGAAGCGUACAAUGCGCUCCGAGACCGCAUGGACCAAGUCGCCCGCGAUCCCAAGGCCGGCGGCAUCCUGGACGUCAUUAUGAAGGGCGACUACUCGUCCUUUAGACUCCAGCGGGACUUUUUGCGCCGCAUUCACGAGCGACAUUUCGGGCCUUGCUCCGAUUAAACAUACCUGUCUGGCUCCUUUAUCAACACCAACAUACAUCCCUAUACAUCGACACAUGAACGCAACACGCAAUGCAUGGAAGCAGCGCAUUUUUUGUUUUGGCUUUGCAGCACCUCUUUAUAUAUACACACACCUGUGCAUGUCGGAUCACUCCUUUGCAUUUUUCAUCAGGAUUGUAAUCGACAAGGAGAGAAGAAGCUCGCCAUUAGGAGGCGGUUAUAUGAGGAAGAAGCUUUUGUUUUGUACAUUAACCUUUUAGGCCACGGCAAGCCGCCCAGGCAAACACACAUGAUACCAACGUCCCGGCAGUUCAGGCGUCGAACGAAGAAUUCCGAUUAUUGAUUAUCUUUUCCUGG